AUAUUUUUCUGUUUUAUGAAGAACAGGCACGUAUUUGUAGACAAACAAACUGCAAGGGAUCAAAAGCUGACUGUGACGGAGAUAUUCUACAUUAUAGCUCUAAGUUUCGGAAAUUUGAGUUAUAUGAAUUCAUAUCCAACCAUAAUGCUUCAAUACUCGGUACUGGCCGUUGUGAUGAGAAAUGAAGGAUUUUGAUUUUUCAACGAACCGGUAGCUGUUAUGUUUUGUCUCGGUGUUUGACAUUUGGAGCAUAUUGAUCUUCGUGUGCAGGGACAAUUUAUUCAAAGAACUGCAAACUCCCUAUCAAUAUAAUUAUGCAGCAAAGAGUAAGUUCGCUGCUAGCGGCGUUGUGCGCACUUACUUCCGGUUUCAUCAGAGCUCAUGGACUGGGAACAGAACUACUUCCGGGCGAUGCCUAUAUCGAGUUUAUUGGCUCCGUGUACUCGGACACCUCUUGUCGCGUACCGGAUGUACAGGUGCUGCAGGAGAUCAACGCAAUCAAGUGGACGCUUGGGCGGCUGAACGACGGCAACUUCAUAAAUGGGCUUAAACUUGGUCUGAGAGUGAGCCCGACGUGUCAGUCCGUGGAGAGAGCCAUCCAGGUUACACACAAGCUGAUUGUGGAGAUGGGAAACAACGACACAAUCGACGUCGUCGGUGUGAUUGGCUCCGACUUCAGUUCCGAGUCUGAAGCAAUCUCGCGCAUGCUCAGUCUGUUGCCCGACCAGCAUCGUCUGUUACAGGUGAGCUACGCGUCCACUUCUGCAUCACUGCGUAACCGCGACCUGUACCGGAACUUUUUUCGGACCAUCCCCGCAGACGAUAUUCAAGUUCAGGUGAUGCACGAGUUUCUCGUGGCGGCUCGCUGGACGAUGCUUACGAUGAUUUACAUCAACGACACCUACGGGCGCGGCGGCUUCCGGGAGCUAUCGGAGAGGCUCGUCGGCUCCGAUAUAUGUGUGGUUGGCAGCGUUGCUAUAGAACCCGAGAAUUACAACGUCACAAUGCUAGAAGAUGUAGUGAGGAACAAGGUCUACAAUAUCAAUGAAACAAGAAACGAGCCGCCCGUAAGCGGUAUUUUGGUGUUCGGAAGGUAUCAAAUUGUUGAAGCUUUAUUCCAAGCCAUACACAAUCUUGAAAACGACAACAGAACUGCUCACUACAACAGACCCAGUGUCAUUCUGUCUGAAGCCGGGAUAUAUUUUGAAAGCAAAUUUCCAAAUGUUUCGAAGGGCGCGUUUGUAUUAAGUCCCCCUAGGCGAAUAAUUUCAGAGUUUCAAGCCAACUGGAAUGACAGUUUGACGAUAUCGGGGAAACUGAAAGCAGAAGUCGAUUCUAAUCGCUAUUUCAAAGAAAUGUUCGAAAUACUCAUGAACUGUCAGUUUUCCAACUAUUGCCACCCAAUGACGUCAAAGGAACUUACCAUGCACGCCGCGCCGUCAGUGUACACGCAAUACGCCAUACAGUCUGCUCUUGUAACAGCGUUCUCCGUCAAGCGUGUUCACUCGACGGCGUGCCCGGUCGGCGGUGCCUGUGACGUGUUUAAAAACGUGGAUAUGACCAAACGGUCCGCCUUUAUAGAUGCUAUUAAAAACCAGGACAUCGUCUUUGAUCAUGACUUUGGUGGUUUACGCCCGCAGGCGUUUCAGAGCCCACUGCUGGCCGUGCGGUUCGGAAGUUCCUCCGACGUGAGGUUCGUACCUAGCAACUUGUUCCCCGAGUACGAACUCUACAACCACCGACUGCAUGCCCAGUGUCCCCAGUCGGAUACCCCCUGCUUAAUCAAGGUGGCAAGUUAUAACGAGCAAACCUCCUUGGAUCAGUCGCUGUUUUCGGAAAUCCGUGAUUAUGAAGAUAACAACAGUGUAUUGACAUGGCCCACAAUUCGCAAGUCACAAUGUCCGGAUGGAUACAGAUCAGAUUCCUGUCUGAGGCAGCGGUCGGAUACCUCCGUUCUGUACCACAAAGGUGACAUGUACAUCGUCGGGAUUGCACCCGUGCACAACACUGGUACCACGCCUCUGAAAUGCGCAAAAAUGAGAGAAGACGGGUUAGAUAUUGUUGAAGCAAUUCGAUACGGAAUAUUAACCGGAAGCGGUCUGUUUGGUGGUGCGAAGAUUGGGUUGAUCUUAAUUGACAGCUGUAACGAUCCACAGAUCAUACAGGAAAAGAUCCUGACGUUGCACAGGCUCGGAGUCUACAACGACGGGAAGUAUGAGCCGGUUGCCGACAAGAUCCUGGGAUAUGUAGGUUGCUGGGGCAGUGACGUCAGCACGGCAAUGGCCAAGAUCAUCGGCCGGCUGGGCCUUGUGCAAAUCAGUUACGCCUCCACGGCGCCGUCACUUAGCAAUCGCGACCUUUAUCCAUAUUUCAUGCGCGUCCCAGGCGCCGACGACUUCCAAGGAGCGACGCUGCUCAAGAUCGUUAAGGCACUUGGGGGAAGCACUAUCCAGAUCAUCUAUGGCAAGACGAUCUAUGGCGAGGGUGGGAGAAAUCUCAUACGGACACUCGCGGGGAAGCCGGAGUACAGCAUCUGUAUCGGCAACGAAAUAGGCGUGUCCACAGAUACCCAACCGGCGACCAUCGUGGAGUCGCUCCGUAAAUUUAAGGAAGCGCAAAUAGUCGUCUGCUUCAUCACAUGGGUUGAAAUGCAGCACAUAAUUGGCUACAUGAACCAGGAGUUGGCGUUGAACGAGUUCCUGUUCAUCGCGUCCGAGGGAUGGGGGUUGAGUAUUAACAUGACCCAGUACCGUAAUCUCUCGGGCACGAUCACCGUGGCCACUCGCCUUUGGACCACUGAUGGAUUCGAAUCCCACCUUAAGGCAUUGCGGCCUGAAAACAAGGAAAAUCCAUGGAUACGACCCUACCUUGAGAUGAUCUAUAACUGCUAUUUUGAGAGCAGCUUCGACAAAUCUGUAAAAAAGAAAUGCAACGGCACUGAGAACCUAGAUGAAGCUAAAGGUGUGUACAGUAUUGACUCAUGGGCGCCAUUCGCUGAACGCGCCGUGUCCGUGCUGUUAAAGGGGGCGGCGUCCACCCUGCAGAAAGUAUGCGGUACCGCCCAGUUUGUCUGCCCGGAGUACUACAAUUCGACCCGUAUGCUGCUGACGGAACUAAAGCGACAGGAGGAGUUAAUGGAACCGCAGGACAUCGUCAAGCGGCGUGUAUUCGACGACAACGGCGACGGAACGAUAGGCUACAGGAUAUACGUUAUAGACGGUAAUGGAAAAGCCAACAAGCUGGGUACCAGUGACAGUCUCGGGUUCCAGUUUCCGGUGCAGCAGUACUACACCUACCGAUCUAUGGCUUCCAUUACAACCAAAUGUACCGACGGCGAUGUCUGUCGGAAGUGCUUUCCGCAACCCACCUCGUUGCCGUGUGACGUUAAAACGACUCUGCCAGGGGGCGCUGUGGCGGCCAUUGUUGUUCUGGCGGUGUUCGCCUGUGUCCUUCUCCUGGUUAUUGUUUGCAUCUUUAAGCGCACCGGAUGUCGUCUGAGUGGUGCUUUCAAUCUCCGUUCUGAUGGCACUUACCUGACGGCGAUACAUGACGAAAAGGUACAUCAGCAGGGAGUCGACGGAAAUGCAUAUGCCUUAACUCCCCGCUCCCAUGACACUUACCUGACGCCGAUACACGACGAAAAGCUCCAUCAGCACGGCGUCGAAGGAAGGGAAACGCCGAUCGCUUGCACAAACAAAAACGAAGAUUACGACAUCCUGAAAGAUCAACCGGACGCUGGGUUUCGCUAUGGCGGUAUCGCGGGUCAAAAUAACUUUAACGACACACAGUGCAAUCAGAACGGAAGUAGCAGCCAGAGUCGGAUUUCAAAAAUUCAGAGGGAGCGGCCUGCUGAUUCACAGGACCUGUCACGGGAUGUCGUCAAUACUACUACGGGCUGCUGAUUCACAGGACCUGUCACGGGAUGUCGUCAAUACUUCUACGGGGCUUUAAUAUACUUAUGUGAAAUCCGUGAACUAAACUCGUAUGUCGGGAAUGAUUGUCAUAAUAUAGCAGAUCUAUUUGUGAUUAACGACCGGUACAUUAGUGUUAAAUAGGAAGACAACUGCCACAAGAAUGUAAAGGGAAGACCACAGCUUUAAUUAUACACAGACCCACUCGAGGCCACAGAUCCAAAGAUGACGCCGAUUUUUCGAAAAAUGUUCGUGAAGCAACAAAACAUCGACCUGACACUCGUGAACUCAAUUAGCAUAUUAACCCAUUUAUGCCUUGUGGACUCUCUCAUCCGUCUAAAUUUGAUCAAUUUAUUUCCAAACUUAGGGAUGUCAAGUAUAUUUAUCUAUAUUGAGAAUAUUUCUUACAGAAAUUUGUUUAAGCAAACAACGCAAACCCUGAUGAGACGCCGCAUCACGCAUCAUUUCUAGACGCUAGGGAUAAAUGGGUUAAUAAAUCAUACGCUUCAGUUGUU